AUGAUGUUCAUCGAUAAUGUGGUAUUCAAUCUUACACAAUCUUCAAAUAAUUUUAGAUACACUGAAUCAAUUAAAAAAUUUGCCAUAUGCUUAUAUAUUUUCGGUGGUAAACAAUGUUAUGAGUUCGUUCGUUUAAAUAUGCCUGGUAGUAUACCGUAUUUGUCAACACUUGGUGAUUUAAUUAACAAAUCGAAUAUGACUUUAACUGAAACAGAAUUUAAAUUUGACUCACUUCAAAAGUUUCAAUCAGGUUUUGGAUUUUGUUCUGAAGAUACUACUGGUGUCAUUCCUAAAAUUGAAUACGAUUCGUCGACAAACUCAUUCAUUGGAUUUACAACACGAAUUGUUGAUGGUAUUCCAUUGAUGAAACAUUAUCAAGCUGAUACAUUUGAUGAUUUUUAA